AUGGCCGCCUCCGCCGUGCCCGGCUACUCGCCCGGCUUCAAGAAGCCGCCGGCGGUGCUGCGGCUGAAGCGCAAACGGCUGCGGAGGAGCGAGCCCGCCGCCGCCGCCGCCGCUCCCCCGCCCUGCGGCGCGGUCCCGCGGGCCCCCUCCGCGCCCGCCCGCCGCAACCCCUUCUCCAGCCUGGACAACGCGCCGCGGGCGGCCGGCACCCCCCAGCCGCGGGAGCGGGGCCGGCGGCCGCCGCCGGCGGGAGGGUCCCCGUCGGCAGCGCCCUUCUGGCAGCUUUUAGAACCUGUUUGUGAAGAUAAGCCUGCCGGGAGAGCAGAGCCCUCUGAAAGAACAGACGUCCUCACCCUAACUGAUGACCUUCAUUUGCCUGUUGCUGUACCCGAAGUUCCCUCUGCAGCAAGACAUGAAUUUCCUGCAGACUGGAGUAUUAAAACACGACUUUUAUUUAUGUCUUCCCAACCUUUUACCUGGGCAGAACAUUUAAAAGCACAAGAGGAAGCUCAAGGGUUUGCUCAGCAUUGUAGAGCUACAGAAACAAACUUGCCAGAGAGCAUACAGGAACCAAAACUGUCCACAGAACUGCGUUGUGCCUUUCAGCAAAGCCUCGUUUACUGGCUUCACCCUUCACUGCCGUGGCUGCAGCUGUUCCCUCGGAUUGGAGCAGAUAGAAAACUGGCUGGAAAGGCUAGUCCUUGGUCACAGGAUGAAGCCUUGCAACAAGUGCUAAUGAGCGACUGGUCUGUCAGCUUUACUUCUCUGUACAAUCUGCUCAAAGCCAAACUGUGUCCCUACUUCUACGUGUGUACCUACCAGUUUACUGUCCUGUUCCGUGCCGCUGGUCUUGCAGGAAGUGACGUUAUCACAGCUGUAAUUUCUCCCACAACUAGAGGUUUAAGGGAAGCCAUGAGAAAUGAAGGCAUAGAGUUUUCUUUACCUUUGGUAGAAGAAAGUAGAACCAGGAAACAGAAAAACUCUGAAGUGAAUUUGGAAACAGAAAUUGCUAACAGCCUUGAAGUGGGCAACAUCAUGGAAGAUGGAGAGGAACCAGCUCCCAGUGAUGAUGAUGAUGAUGAAAGUUUCUCUUGGCUUGAGGAGAUGGGAGUCCAAGACAAGGUUAAGAAACCAGAUGCCAUUUCUAUUAAACUUCGUAAGGAGAAGCAUGAGGUGCAGAUGGAUCACAAACCCGAAUCCCUUGCAUUCGUGAAAGGAACAAACACAUUCACCUUGCUGAACUUCUUGAUAAACUGUAAGAGCCUAGUGGCUGUUGCAGGGCCACAAGCAGGGCUUCCACCAACUUUAUUGUCCCCUGUGGCUUUCCGAGGUGGAACAAUGCAAACGCUCAAAGCUCGAAGUAUAAACGCCAAAGCCAGGGUUCACUUGGCCUACGAGGAUAUAUUCAGUUUGGAGAUCGUAGGCCCUGUCAUGCCUCAUUCCCUGCAUUCAUUGUCUACGCUGCUCAAGUCCGCACAGAGGGGAGCGUUCUCUGCCGUAUUAUAUACACAUGAGCCAACUGCUGUGUUUAACACUAACCCUGACAAGGCAAGCCCUUCCUUCAGUAAGGAAACCAUAUGCAAAGAUCUUCCUACAUGUGGACUGCACCUUAAGACUUUGGAUCAACUAAGUCAGUGUCCAACACUGGGAAAAUCUUCCAUCCGAUUUCUGGAAAUGAAGGAUUAUGCUUAUACCUGGAAGUCCUAGGUAUACUAGUUCCAUUUCAUGGAAAAGAAUGCUCUCUAGGGUGCAGUUGCUGUACUUCAUUCGGGUCUACACGGCAGCACCUAUGCAGUACUGGGAGGGAUACUGUCUAGUUGAACAUCACAGACAACAACUAUUGCACGUCACCCAUCAUAAAACAUGUCAAAGGACUUUUGAAGGAGAUGAAGGAAAAAGCCUUCAACAUCUCCUUCUGUAUUUUAGAAAGUCUUUUUUAAAUAAAACUAGAUAAAAUACGGUCUAUAUUAUUGGUCUGA